GCAAAAUCAAAUUGAAAUUAAUUUUUAUGUCAAACGUUUGGAAUUGGCAAAAUAGUAAAUAAUUUGAUAAUCAAUCAGUAAAAAUAAUUGUAUUUAAGCUAUGUUAUAGCAUAUGAAUGUUUCCAAUAUUAAAGCGUUGACUUUUGCGGCGAACUGGAAACCAUCACUUCCCAUAGCUUAAAUGUCACAAUAUAAAAAGCAGCUCGAGAAAUUGAAUUUACAUCAAAAUGAAUAAAAGAAAAAGGAUGUCAAGUUUUCGCCCAGUUCGAGAAAACCAAGAAAUAAUACCAUCAACGGAUUUUCUAACGUUGAAUGAUGAUUGCUUAUACAAAAUAUUUGAUUGGUUGUCUUUGGAAGAGUUAACCUGUGUAAAUAUGACAUGCAAGAGAUUACAAACAGUUUCGGGCGUUUACUUCGAACGAGAAUACCAGCUAUUAAAAUUGACCAUCACUAGGCCAAAUUAUGGAGAACAUAUUAAGUAUAAACCAGAUGAAGAACAAUUCCCAUACGUUAAACAAUUCAAAAGACAUUUCAAGACGGUCCAACUUGAGGGAGGUAACAUCAGACUGUUUCGUCACGCUGCAAUGUUGUUUCAAAACAAAUCCAUAAAACAUUUGUAUCUAAAUGAUUUCUCAGUCAAUAUAGAAGAAUGGAAGGCUUAUGGUUUAAGAGUAUCCUAUGGGAUACAAUAUGGCGAAAUCAUCAAAGAUAUAUUGAAAAAUGUCGUAACAUUGCAAACCAAUGUUAUUGACGCAGAUAAUUUGCAUGACAUCUUUCUUAAACAUUGUUUACAUUUGGAAAACUUAAUCAUCAAUAGGAACGGAACAGAUGGUUUUUCGAAUACGUUACCGUUGUUUAAUCAAACAUACCCGACUCUUCGACAGUUUCUCAUCAAAAUUUCACCUGAAGCAAGCGAAAAAUUGUGGGUGGAUUUGCAAAGAUUUAUUGAAAAUAAUACCAGCUUGGAAGUACUUUUCUAUUUUGAACAGGGCAAACAGUGCAGGAAUUUAAUUCCUCUGAUCCAAAAUCAUGAUUUGAAGGUGAAAGAAUUGGCCCUGAGGUUGUUUCCUGCUAUAUUUGAUUGCGAAGAAGCGAAAAUGUUGUUGAAUGAGAAUUGUGAAAUAUUGAGUGCGCUUAAAGAUAAAAAUAACUACGAAAAAUUGCAGUUAAUAAUUGGUAAUAAACAAGUUUUAUUAUCAGCUCCACAUAUGCUGCAAUCAUUGAAAAACCUUCAUAAAGUUUAUAUGAUACCGGAGAAAAUGUAUAUUGAGUACGACCAGUCAUGGAAGGAAUACUUAUGUGACCAAUCAAUUUCCAUUUUGUCCACACUGGUUCAUACAGAAACACUUCUGAUAAAAAAGUUGAAACGUCCAACGCAUGCUGAAAUACUAGCCAAAGGACUUGUAAAUCUCAAUGAAAUUUUCAUCCAUUCGGAAAAUAUUGAGGUCAUAUUGCCGUUUGUUCGGUAUUCACCAAAACUAACCAUGAUUUAUAUCUUCGUUCUCUACGAACAAUACUUGUACCCACAAGAAAAUCCCAACAAUUUAAAUGUGACCACACUCAUCAGGGAAAGGAAUAAACUCUCUAAUGCAACUCCGCUCAAAAUAUAUGUUCACCGGCAUUUAUUUUUGAAAAUGAAACGGCCAGCAACAUUCUUUACUAACGAUACUGUAGAAAUAAAACGCAUAGAAUCUUAUUCACUGCGAAAUCCAGCAAUUUUGGAUAGCAUCAUAGGAGCAGGUUAUGCCGGAUUUUAUUAAAAACUGUUGAACAGCUUUUCGUUAGUUAAUUUUAUUACUUCUUUCUCUUACAUUGCGACAUGAGAUAUUUAAGCAAAAUAUUUUAAUAAUACAAUAAUGACUAUGCAUACGUGCAUUUCUAAUCGACACUUUCAUAACUUUUCUUCUGAUUUUUGUUGUUAUAUUAUAAGGAUUUUUCAAUAAAGAAAUCAUUUCAUAUUA